GGCACGGAUCCGACGCGAAAGAAGUCAGUCUUUCCCUCUCUUAUAAAAGCUCAAAAAAAGGGGAAGAAAUUACCUUGGUUAAGUCAUCACUUCGGCUAGUUCGUAAAAGAGCAAGGAAGCACUAGUACGAGUUCACGAAGAACCGGCCGUAUCUAUCUGUCUCCACUCGAGAACGGAAUGGGGCAGAACCCACCUGGGGAAGAGGGAUGGUAAAUUCCAAUCACUAAAUUGGAUGGAACGAUUGGCGAAAGCUUAGACUUUGCAUUUGCUGGCUAUGAUGCAAAGUCCGAAGCUAAGAGGUAUCCUUUUGGGGUGCACCAGAUACAGAGGAAAUAUCACCUUGUUGGAUUCUUUUCUUCUUCUGCUCCCGAGUUCUUCUUCUUCAUUAGCAGCUAAGGACAGAUUCUGUGUUCCCAAAAGGCGGAGCUUUUCUGGCUACGCAGCAGAACAGUUCUCAGAUGAUGCGUAUGAGUGCGAUUUUGAGAGUCAAAAGGCUUCAUCGUCUGUUGCCAAUAUUGAUGAGUGGAAAUGGAAACUCAGCAUGCUGUUACGAAAUGAAAAUGAUCGAGAGGUUGUAUCCAGAGAUAAAAGAGAUAGGAGAGACUAUGAACAGAUCUCAAACCUUGCUAGAAGGAUGGGACUUUACAGUGAAAUGUAUGGAAAGGUCGUGGUUGCAAGCAAGGUUCCACUUCCUAACUACAGGCCAGAUUUAGAUGAUAAGCGGCCACAGCGUGAGGUGGUUAUCCCUUUGAGCUUGCAAAGGAGGGUUGAGGGUUUACUACAGGAACACCUUGAUAGAAUGCAGUUAAGUUCUAGGAAGGUCUCUGAGUCUGAUGGUACCAACUCUAUUGAGGAUGUGAAUCUGGAAGAGAAUCCAGAUUCUUUCCUUGAUAGCUCUGUUAUGGAAAAGGUUCUUCAGAGAAGGAGUUUGCGAAUUCGUAAUAUGCAAAGAGCUUGGCAGGAAUCACCUGAAGGCAAGAGGAUGAUGGAAUUCCGUAAAUCUCUACCUGCAUUCAAGGAAAAGGAAAGGCUUCUUGAAGCAAUUGCACGGAAUCAGGUCAUCGUGAUAUCUGGGGAGACUGGAUGUGGGAAGACCACUCAACUUCCACAAUACAUAUUGGAAUCAGAGAUAGAAUCUGGUCGUGGUGCAUUCUGUAGCAUAAUUUGCACUCAGCCUCGAAGAAUAUCAGCCAUGGCUGUUGCAGAGAGAGUAUCUGCAGAGAGGGGAGAACCUCUUGGUGAAACAGUUGGCUAUAAAGUUCGAUUAGAGGGUAUGAAAGGGAAAAAUACCCAUCUUCUCUUUUGCACAAGUGGUAUUUUACUUAGACGGCUGCUAAGUGACCGCAACUUGAAUGGAAUAACUCACGUUUUUGUAGAUGAAAUUCAUGAGCGAGGAAUGAAUGAAGAUUUCCUAUUGAUUGUGUUGAAGGAUCUUCUCCCACGCCGUCGGGAUUUGAGGUUAAUUUUAAUGAGUGCCACUUUGAAUGCUGAGCUGUUCUCUAAUUAUUUUGGUGGGGCACCUACAAUUCAUAUUCCAGGUUUCACAUAUCCUGUGAGGGCACACUUUUUAGAAGAUGUUUUGGAAAUGACUGGAUAUAAGUUGACUUCUUUCAAUCAAAUUGACGAUUAUGGCCAAGAUAAGAUGUGGAAAACACAGAGGCAGCUAGCUCCACGUAAAAGGAAGAACCAAAUUACUGCUCUUGUUGAGGAUGCUCUUAAUAAAUCAAGCUUUGAGAACUAUAGUUCCAGGGCACGUGAUUCUCUAGCAAGUUGGAUGUCUGACUGCAUAGGAUUUAAUCUCAUUGAAGCAGUUCUCUGCCAUAUCUGCCGAAAGGAAAGACCAGGUGCUGUAUUAGUAUUUAUGACUGGCUGGGAGGAUAUUAGCUGUUUGAGGGAUCAACUUAAGGCUCAUCCCCUUAUAGGAGACCCUAAUAGAGUUCUGGUUCUAACAUGUCAUGGUUCAAUGGCGACAUCUGAGCAGAAACUAAUAUUUGAGAAGCCACCUCCUAAUAUACGUAAAAUUGUUCUUGCUACAAACAUGGCAGAGGCUAGCAUCACUAUCAAUGAUAUUGUUUUUGUGGUAGAUUGUGGAAAAGCAAAAGAGACCACUUAUGAUGCUUUGAAUAACACACCUUGUCUGCUACCUUCCUGGAUAUCAAAAGCAUCAGCUCGACAAAGAAGGGGCAGAGCUGGCCGGGUGCAGCCAGGUGAGUGUUACCACCUAUAUCCCAGAUGCGUUUAUGAAGCUUUUGCGGAAUAUCAACUUCCAGAACUUUUGAGGACUCCAUUGAACUCUCUCUGCUUGCAAAUAAAAAGUCUGCAGGUUGAAAGCAUUGGAGAGUUCUUGUCAGCAGCUUUGCAACCACCGGAAUCAUUGGCUGUCCAAAAUGCCAUUGAUUUUCUAAAGAUGAUUGGUGCAUUGGAUGAGAAAGAAAAUCUGACAAAUCUUGGAAAGUUUUUGUCAAUGCUUCCAGUAGAUCCCAAGCUAGGGAAAAUGCUGAUCAUGGGUGCUCUGUUCCAUUGCUUUGAUCCUGUUUUAACAAUAGUUUCUGGACUUAGUGUCAGGGAUCCUUUCCUUUUGCCUCAAGACAAAAAGGAUUUAGCUGGGACAGCAAAGUCCAGAUUUUCUGCAAAAGAUUACAGUGAUCAUAUGGCUCUAGUACGUGCCUAUGAAGGCUGGAAAGAUGCAGAAAGAGAAGGAUCAGCAUAUGAGUAUUGCUGGAGGAAUUUCCUGUCUGCACAAACUCUUCAGGCCAUCCAUUCUCUUAGGAAGCAGUUUAGCUUCAUUCUAAGAGAAGCUGGCUUGGUGGGUGCAGAUGCAAGUACUAAUAACAAAUUGAGUCACAACCAAUCCCUUGUCCGUGCAGUCAUAUGCUCUGGCCUCUUUCCUGGAAUAGCAUCUGUGGUGCAUCGAGAGACAUCUAUGUCUUUCAAAACAAUGGAUGAUGGUCAAGUUUUACUCUAUGCUAACUCGGUGAAUGCACGUUAUCAAACAAUUCCUUACCCAUGGCUGGUCUUUGGUGAAAAAGUCAAGGUCAAUACUGUGUUCAUACGUGAUUCCACUGGUGUCUCUGAUUCUAUACUGAUGCUUUUUGGUGGUGCUCUAAGCUGUGGAGUGCAGGCUGGGCAUUUGAAAAUGUUGCAAGGUUAUAUUGAUUUCUUCAUGGAUGCUAGUUUAGCAGAAUGCUAUUUGAAGCUCAGAGAAGAACUCGACAAUCUUAUCCAGAGAAAGCUCGAGGAUCCAAAUUCUGACAUUCACAAGGAAGGAAAAUACCUUAUGCUUGCUGUCCAAGAACUGGUAUCAGGUGAUCAAUGUGAAGGAAGAUUUGUGUUUGGUCGUGAAAGCAAGAAGCCAAAGAAUUCCAGUGACGAAAAUAGAUUUACUCGGGAUGGAACAAAUCCCAAGAGCUUGUUACAGACUCUGUUGAUGAGGGCAGGACAUUCACCUCCAAAAUACAAAACAAAGCACCUAAAAACAAAUGAGUUUAGGGCACUGGUGGAAUUCAAAGGAAUGCAGUUUGUAGGAAAGCCCAAGAAAAACAAGCAGCUCGCGGAAAGGGAUGCUGCUAUAGAAGCAUUAGCCUGGUUGACUCACACCUCUGACAAAAAUCAAGAUGAAGACGAUAACUCUCCACCUGAUGUCACCGAUAACAUGCUAAAACUUCUUGGGAAACGUCGAAGAUCCAAACGCCAUUAAGGGACGGUGGUGGGCUUUUCUAACGGAUGCAUCUUGUUGACAGUGGCUCUAAAGUUGCUUGGUUACAACAAGUAUAUGCAAGCUCCAAGCUGAUGUGUCUACAUGCAAAAGUAAGUGGAAUACAACAUAGCCCCAUGGGCACCAUGGUUUGGUAAGGUGAGAUUUUCACAUGAAACAGUGAUGUCGAAAGGAGGUACAGCUGAUGUGAGUUUCAUCAGGGCGAAUGCGAUGUAAGUUUACUCUGUAAAAGGGUUUUCUUCAGGCCGGCAUGCUGGUGCUCGAACUUACUCAUCAGUUUCGGUAGUUUUGCAUGAAUUUGGAAUUGAAGGUGGCUUCAAUGCAAGUGAUGCAGUUUGAGCUAGGAAAUGUAUAUUCUAGAGAACUAGUGCAGCAAUCAACAUUUUUAUGUUAA